AUUUGUGUUUUUUAACAAUUUGUGUUUAAUUUUCUUUCAGCAAAAGAUGCUAUGCAUGAUGGCCGCUCUCCCAUCAUUAUAGACAAUACAAACAUCCAAUCUUGGGAAAUGAAGCCAUAUGUCCAAAUGGCCUUGGAGAGAGGAUACAAAGUGGACUUUUGUGAACCCGACACCAGCUGGAAGUUUGAUCCAUAUGAGCUGGAGAAGAGGAACAAACACAGUGUUUCACAGGAGAAGAUAGCACAGAUGAUGGAUCGUUUUUCAUUUCCAAUAUCUGUGGACAUCGUCAUGAGCUCACAAGAACCGCUUCAUGUGAACCAGAGACGUCGACCAGAGCAGCAACAGAUGAUGAGGAAGAACCAAGGUUUCCAUUACAUGGUUUCCAGAUGAAAAACACAACAUCUUGAAUAUUCAUAGCUGCUGUUUCUACUUGAUUUUUAAUACAUGAUUUUGUGUCUGUAAAUUUAUGUAAAGAAAGAAGAAAUCUAUUUUUCUCUGAAGAAGUUUUCAUAGUUAAAUUCGCACUGAAAAUUUUUUUGUGAGGAAUGGAAAUGUGCAUUAUUUUUACAUUUUGUAUUUGAUGACUAGUAUUUGAGAGUUGUCCUUUUGCAGUUUGUGUGUUUUGGACAAUAUGAAUAAACAUGGAAAACCAAAA